AUGGUGCGAGUCAUCAUCAAAGGAGGUGUUUGGAAGAACACGGAGGUUUGACCACUUUUUUAUGUGAAAAUCGAACUGAAUUUGUGAUUUUCAGGAUGAAAUCCUCAAAGCGGCGAUUAUGAAGUACGGAAAGAAUCAGUGGAGUCGAAUCGCUUCGCUGCUUCACCGAAAAUCGGCGAAACAGUGCAAGGUUUGUGCGGAAAUUAGAAAAUCGAUAAAUAUAGAGCUUUGUGGGUGAAAAAGUAGCUAAAAUUGCUGGCUUAAUGAUGAAUUAUUAUUGAUCCGUCGGAUGCGGCAAACCUAAAAAUUGAAAUUGCAGGCUCGCUGGUUCGAAUGGCUCGACCCGGGAAUCAAAAAGACGGAAUGGUCUCGCGAGGAGGACGAAAAGCUUCUUCACCUGGCCAAACUGAUGCCCACCCAGUGGCGCACGAUCGCUCCGAUCGUCGGAAGGACGUCGGCGCAGUGUCUGGAACGCUACGAGCACCUGCUGGACGAGGCCCAACGGAAAGCCGAGGGCCUGGACGAGGAGGCUUCCGAGGCGAGGAAGCUGAAGCCCGGAGAGAUCGAUCCGACGCCCGAGACGAAGCCCGCACGGCCGGAUCCCAUCGAUAUGGACGACGAUGGUGAGGCGGCGAAGUUUUGCGAAUUUUGCGAAUUUUUUAGAGCCGAAAACAAACAUGUGCUAUUAUUUUAACAAAAAAUCAAUGCAAAGCAAUAAUUUAACGUUUUCAGAGCUGGAAAUGUUGUCUGAGGCGCGUGCACGUCUGGCGAACACUCAGGGAAAGAAAGCGAAGAGAAAGGCGAGGGAACGACAGCUUUCAGACGCCCGACGACUCGCUUCACUCCAGAAAAGAAGAGAAAUGCGGGCGGCCGGACUGGCCUUCGCUCGCAAAUUCAAGCCCAAAAAGAAUCAGAUAGACUAUAGUGAGGAGGUAAUUGUUUUGAAAUUUUUGCAUCUUUCCUCAAAAACGUCCACAUUUGCAGAUUCCAUUCGAGAAGCACGUGCCGGCUGGAUUCCAUAAUCCGACGGAAGACAAGUACACGGUCGAAGAUUCGAAUCAGCGCGCGAUCGACGACCAUCAGAAGCCGCGUGGACGUGAAAUCGAGAUGGAGAAGCGGCGCGAGGAUCGGGAGAAACUGAAAAAACGAAAGGAGCAGGGCGAGGCGGACGCCGUUUUCAACAUCAAGGAGAAGAAGCGCUCGAAGUUGGUGCUCCCAGAGCCGCAGAUUUCCGACCGAGAAUUGGAGCAAAUUGUGAAAAUCGGCCACGCGUCCGACAGUGUCCGUCAGUACAUUGACGGAACGGCGACCUCGGGACUCCUCACCGACUAUACCGAAUCGGCGCGGGCGAAUGCGGUCGCGGCGCGCACAAUGCGCACCCCGAUGCCGAAAGACACGAUUCAGAUGGAGAUCGAGAAUAUAAUGGCGUUGCAGAACACGGAAUCGGUGCUCAAGGGCGGCCUCAACACGCCGUUGCACGAGUCGGACCUCGGAAAAGGCGUUUUGCCGACGCCGAAAAUCGCCGCCACCCCGAAUACGGUGCUACAUGCGAUUGCGGCGACACCGGGCGCUGCCGGAGCUCCCGGAGCCACGCCGGGCGGUUUUGUGACGCCGGCGCCCGCGCAGACCCCGUUCCGCGAUCAAAUGCGCAUCAACGAGGAGGUCGGCGGAAGUGCGUUCGAGCAAAAGGCGAAUUUGAAACGGGCGCUCGCCUCGCUGCCUGCACCGAAAAAUGAUUUCGAGAUUGUCGGACCGGAAGACGAGGAAAACGCAUCUGAGGCGGUGGGACCGGAAGACGAAGAAGAAGGCGUCGGGGAGGGCGAAGAGUGGAUCGAGGACGCGUCGGAACGGGCGGAACAGCGGGCGAAGAGGAGCGCGGAGGUCAGAAUCCGAAAUCUGAAGAUGCGAAGCCAGGUGAUCCAGCGGGCGCUGCCGAAACCAUCGAAAAUCAACGAGGCGGCACUGAGAGGUGCGGGCGCGGGCGGCGGAGAACUCGCGCGUGCGGACGACGCCGUCAAGAAGGAAAUGCGACAGUUGCUCGCCUGGGACGUCGAUUCCAAGGCGCCUGAGCACAUUUUCACGAGGGAGGAUCUUGACGCGGCGGCCGAUUUGAUUCGAAAAGAGACGGAGGCCGGACCGCACGCCGAACUCGACGAUAUGAUGUGGAAAGUGGUCGAGCAGUGCACGUCGGAGAUGAUUUUGAGCAAGGACAAGUUUACGCGAGUCGCAAUUUUGGGACGGGAGGAGCAGAUGAAGGCGCUCAACGACGAGUUUCAAAUGUACCGCGGAUGGAUGAACACGAGGGCGAAACGGGCGGCGAAAGUGGAGAAGAAGUUGAGAGUCAAGUUGGGCGGAUAUCAGGUAUGAGUUUCAACGGAUUGCAAAAAGUUUGACGUUCGGUGACAUUCCCCCUGUAAAAGUAGAGAAAAUUGAGCAGAAUACGGUCCUGAACCCAUUUAUGCCUGAAAAAGGUUUCCAACUCGUCGUCGAUCCCUCACAUUUUGCUGAACGAAUGAUAUUUUUGGGUGUUUUCCCAUGUCUUUCACUUUCGAAACGGCAACAGGCGGGCCAUCCCGCCCGUUUUUAUGGUCAUCCGCCGAGAAGAAAUGUGUGCACCGCCUGUGGAUUUGUCCCAUUCAAUUCCAUUUGAAUUGUCGUCCUCCUCCGAUCCGAAGAGGAAUGGUCGUUUUCUCGCGGUUAUUUAGGAGGCGAAACGGGCGUCCUGCUGGGCUGUGUUGAAAUGGGGUGGUGACGGAUGGAUUCGGCCUAAUUUAUGUGCUCAAAUAGGCAGUCUAGGUGGAAAACAGCUGGAAAAUGUUUGACUAGUGAGAAUCGCAGAAGAAAAAACGCGUAUUUUUUACAGGCAAUCCACGAUAAGCUGUGCAAAAAGUACCAGGAGGUGACGAACGAAAUCGAAAUGGCCAGCAUUGAGAAGCAGACGUUCGAGUGAGUUGGAAAUUUGCACUUUUCGCCCAAAAAAUCGAUUCACAAAAAGUGUUUUUCAGACGUUUGGGCGAGCACGAGUUGAAGGCGAUUCACAAACGUGUCGGACGUCUUCAACAAGAAGUCGGAACUCAGGAGACGAGAGAGAAAGAGCUGCAGAAGACGUACUCCAAGUUGUCCGGUUCGUUUUUGGGAAUCAGCUAAAUCAGCUAAAAAUUGCAUUUGCAAGUGCAAUUGUCGUUCGAAAUGCUAAAAUUUCUGCGAAAAAGUCCCUUUUCUGCUCGAUUCUUGCUCCCGAAAUUUGGCGUCUAAACUAUCAAUCUCUGGCAUCCUUCAACACGUCUGCAAAGAAAAUAAAAGAGCGGAUUAGGAGUGUCGCGUUUUUGUCAUUCAAAUUGACGUACUCGCGUGAAGAGAAGCACACAAUACGGUUGAAUUGUCGAAAGAAAAGGAAAGGAGACCUCCGUUCCGAUGGCACGCACUGUCAACUGACACCCACCUGCUUUGAUUUAUCGGCUGAGGAGGUCAGACCCACCGGGAGUACUGUAGAGUUUUGUUCAGGUUUUUAGGAUUUCUGUAAAGACCUUCUGGAACUUUGUUUAGAGAACCAUGGAACUCUCAAAUCUUUUUAAAGUGUUUUUGUGUCUGUCUAUUGCCACAUUCACUGUCCGAGUCCCAACGCGCAGUUAAAGUUGCGGCCUAGAAAACUCAGGUGUGGAAACUCUUUCCUGCACUCGGGAAAUGCUUGGCAACGUCUGAAGAUUGUGCCGAAUGCAAAGAAGAUCCCAUGGCCUAGGAGUUUUCUAGGCCUCGGCCACAACUUUAACUUCUGAGAGUUCGGGGGACUCGGACUCUGAAUGUGGCAAUAAGAAGCAAUUCGGACAGACACAAAAACUCGCACGGUUCCCUGAUCAUUGUUGAGAAUGCGCUUCCUUUCUCAAAACUGUCAAAGAAAAGUGCACCGAAAAAGUGUGCGCUGACAGCUGAUCAAUUAUUAUGGAACCACGCGGAGAAAUUGCGUAAAUGCGCACAUAAAUCAUGCAAAUAAAUGCGAGCGCAUGAGCCAGAAAUCAUUGGGAAAAUGAGCCAAGUUGUGCUCUUUAGGGGAAUGGAUUCACAGAAAAUGUUAUCAGUUCAUGUUUCUAAAAUAUCUCAAAAAGUUUCAUCUAUUCUACGAUCGGUUUUGCAGAGAAGCAAUGGAAAUUGUCGCAAAUCGAGAUCCGCAACGAGGCAUCGACUACCGGAGCUCCAGUCACCUAUUGA